CUUGACGUCAUGGCUUAAAAAGGGAAUACCCUCAGUGUUGCUUUGGGAGUCUCCUUUAAAAAAUCUUGCCGCGUCACUGGGAUGCGGUCGCCGGAGCCGGGCACCUCGCCUACCAUCCCCGCGUAUGUCCCCACCGUCGGUAGGCCUUAUUUUUUGAUUUUACCGCUCAGUCUUUCUUCCUCUCUCGUGUUUUGAUCUGUGUGAUUUUUUAUGAUAAUCUGCCCUUACAUUCAUGCGGCACGAUGUGACCAUAGACCCGGUCAGCCUAAUGACUCCUGAGCCGCAGCUUAUGACUUUCAGUAGUAACCUCUCUCGCGUAGAAAUAGCUCUGCAAGGUUAUAAUUAGAUGGCUUAGUUUAUAAAUAUAUGCACUAUUAAUAAUGUAGCUGCCUAUGGGAGCAGGCGCACGCUCACUUGUCACUAUGCUACAGUGCAGCCAACCUGCAGGUUACAGGACGCUUACUUUGCCAAGCACCGAAGCAGAGGGUCUCAUGUUAUAGCACUGUUAGGAAAGUGAUAUUUUACUUAAAAUGCAUUCAAAUAUCCCGUCGAGAAGCUACCCUGAUUACCCGUAAUUAUGAAGUUCUUUUAUACAUUUGGGGGUAUCUUGAUCCCGAGGAAUAUAUACUUAGGCCCAAUUCUGAAAUUAAGCUGCACUAAGCUAUGGGCUAAUGCAUAAAGCUAGGGGUCUUCUGCUAAAAUGGUGGGCUACACUUGGGUAGUUUACACAAAGGUCGUACAAGUCAAAAACUGGUAAUGACUGGUCUGGCUUGUGAACUCAAUAAAGCAUUACUGAUCAAGUCAGGUAGUGCUUUGUACUUGACGGUUAGUCCCCAAGUUUAAUGGGGGGAAAGCUUGACUAACUUUGAAUGAAGUGAAAACACCGAUGGUAAUAAAGUCAAUGCAAGCACAAUGUAGAAAAAUAUUACAACAUUUUGAUGUAGAGGGGCCUACUACUUUGUAUAUCACUAACAAAUCCUGUAACUGCUCACAGGAGUGUGUGCAGAGGCAUGGAAAAGGGUGCCAUGUGCCCUCUUGAAAUCAGAUUGGCCACCCAUGGUGCCACUCCAAUGGUUAUACACCAAUUGAAACAUAUUUAAGAAUGCCAUAUCCCAUUUGUACCACAUCUGUUCUGCCAAAUGCCACACACAACCAGUCCCCCCUAUCCAUGAAAGUAUACAGUAUGCUUAACUUUGCCCCUUUUUAAAAUCACAACUUAUGCAUGAUAAAGAAUUUAACUGUCAAUUGGUAAUGGAGUUUCUUUGGCUUUUGUUGCCAGUCUCAAAUGGUCACUUGAAAAACAGGCUUUUUUGUACUUCCACACUGGUUUUAUGUUAACACUGGAGGUUGCCACUUAGCUAAAAUAAACUAUGUGUUAUGUUGCAACAGGCUGCCUGAAGUUAGUUAAAGGGAUACUCCGGCAUAAAAUUAACUUAGGGUCAAACAAACCGUAACACCGAGUUAGACACCCCCUCGAGAGAUGAAUGUUGCCAACUACUUGCUUCUCUAGUUAUACCAACUGUACUAACGACCACACGUUAGCAAUACAUAGCGGUCUGAGGAGCCAUACACAAUCCUCCACCAAAACGCCACUCUAGAGCCACAAAUAACGCUCAGAACAGCACCUAACUUCAUCAACAGUUCAUAUAGGGUCCCAGCCAUAGCACUAGCCACCACACAUCUUUUUAACUUUGCUUAAUUUCUUUAGCAAAGAGACUAAACAAAACUCAUGUACUCCCUUCCAGCAGCCGCUUGUUUGUGGUGAGACCUCGGGCCAGUCCAUUACGGACUGCUGCGGGGUGACGCAGCUCAAGGAAGAACAUUUCUGAUCAUUUCUCCAUGGAAAUGCAAUCAGACCGAGACGCUAAGGCAGAAGAACUACCAUGUCUGCAGUGCAAAAUGAUUAAUAUGGUGAUUAUUACUUCAAGGAAAUGAUAAAGUAAUGAUCAUAAAUGUCAUAAAUUGUGCCUGCUAUGUUUUAAAAUAUGCUAAGAUUGGUAGAUGCCAUGAGUUGGUGGAAGACUUUUUCUUUUUUUUUUUGUGCAACACUAACCACUAAGUAUCUGUAUUGUAUUGUUAUCAGAUUUUACUUGGUGUUUAUGGUAGGGCUAAUCUUGUAAAAUAGUACCACUCUUGCUCCGUUACAUGGAUCCCCUCAGGCGACAUUUGAUAGAAUACACUAAAGCCAUGAGAUUGCAAUCUGAGGUAGUGAUCCAUGGCCAUGAGAUAGAGAUGCAUAGCUACUUGAUACUCGAAGUUAAUAAUAUUUAACCAUUAUAUAACUAAAUCAUGGCAUUAAGAAAAUAAUGCAUGGUCACAGUUUAAAACUGUAAGUCAUCUCAAUGCAGAGGCAGAGCUUUUUUUUUUUUAGCUUUGGUAAUGUGUAAACUUAUGUGUAGACCACCCUUUUUAUGGGAUAUAUACAGAUGUAGAAUACCAAUUUGGGAUAGAUUUUUUACUCUUUUUUUUAACUUAAAAUAAUAAUAAUAAUACAACCAGCACAGUGACACAAGCUACUUCAGUUUGGAUUGAUGGAUGCUCAUCUCUCAUAAAAUCAGUAUGUCUUCACUACUCUCUGGAUAUCAUGAACUUCAGCAAUGACAUAAAAAAACUUUAAUGCAUAAUUAAUGAACAAAAGUUAAUGUUAGGGAUCAUGAAUACUUAGGGCUAUGAUUUCUUACAUCUGGCUCAUAGUGGCUCUAGCCUUUCUGUCUCAUAUUCUCACCCACAAGUGAUGUGCAGAUUCACACACAUCUUUUUAGCUCUAAUGUUGCUAUUUUUUUUACUAUCAUAAAAGAGAGACAGCCUUUUUUUGUUUGAACUUCUUUUUGACCACGUGUUUUAAAGCUAGAUAUCCUUUAGAUUAUUGUGGCUCAUGAAAUAACAGCCAUAAAUCCUCUAAACUUUGGUCGAGAAGUGAUGUAAGACCAAAAAAUGAAAGCAGUAAUAGCAGCAAUGAGGUAUUUUUGUUGCUGUAGUUUUUAUGGUCAGUUUUGCAUAACCAUGCUAAGGCCUGUUUGUUCCCCUUUUGGUAAAGGUAUGCUCUGACAUAACAUCUCCUUCUCCAGCGAUGUCACAGCACGUCUGUAACACUGGAAGCUUUGUGCAACAAAUAUAUCAGCUAUGUAAAUCUGGAGUUGACCCAGGUUUAAGAUGCGUUAGAUGUGUACAACCGCCUGAGUAAGUGUUUCCUCAGUCUUGAAGGAAUGCAGAAAUGUCUGUGUACCCAUGAGAUUAGGAAAUGUCAGACUGUGUGAAGCUGCUGCAGUGACUCCAAGAAAAUCAUUCCUGUACUGUAUAUUUUUUAGCUUUUUUGAGCAUCCUGUUUACUUUGGCACUCAAAUCAUCUCCUUUCCUUUACUCUUGUAAACAUGUUUCUCCUAUACAGCUAAUGGCUCCAUUAAGAGUAUUUAUGCAUUUUAAUGUGGCUGCAGCUCUGGUUUAUCAAGCUCUGUUCCCACAGGUUCAUGUCAUACUGCAUGUUAUCUUUGGAGAUCAGCUGUUACCAGACUUUUCUGUCUUUCUUCUUUUCUUAGUGACAGUCCAACCAUCAUUUCCUCCACGCACCAAAGAUGUCCGCUCCGUCAAAGCCAGCCCUUGCAGCGUCACAGGAACGGCGCUUCCUGGUGUUGUUUGACUUUGAUGAGACCAUCAUCAAUGAGAGCAGUGAUGACGCUGUGGUGCGGGCUCUGCCAGACCAAAAACUCCCUGACUGGCUGAUAAACAGCUACAGGGAGGGGCACUACAAUGAGCACAUGCAGAAGGUCUUGGCUUACAUGGCGGAGCAGGGUGUGUCAAAGGACUCCAUCCAUUUAGCCCUGGUGAAGAUCCCACCAACACCUGGCCUCCUGAACCUCCUCCAGUAUUUGCAGAACCAUCGGCAAGAUUUCGAGCUGGUGGUGGUAUCUGACGCCAACAUGUUCUUCAUCGAGACGUGGUUGGAGCAGGCUGGGGUGCGCAACCUUUUCCAGAAGAUUUUCACUAACCCAGCUAGUUUUGAUGCUAGCGGUCGACUUGUGCUGCUACCUUUCCACUCCCACUCAUGUCCCCAUUGCCCUGACAACAUGUGUAAGCAGGUGAUCCUUAGGGAGUAUCUGGCAAAACGGCAAAAGGAGCGCGGUGGUGCCCCCUUUCAAAGGGUUUUCUACAUCGGAGAUGGAGCCAAUGAUAUAUGUCCCUCUCUGGCUCUGGGGCCCAGGGACACAGCGUUCCCCAGGAGAGAGUUCCCCAUGCACAAACUGCUGCUUGAGAUGCAGCAGUCUCAGGCAGCUGAGUUUCAGGCUAACAUGGUUCCAUGGGUCAGUGGCGAAGACAUAGUGGACUGCCUGAAAAGAAUGAUGGAGGAGAGAUGAGACUGGAGGGUUUAAUGUGUGCAGUGUGCUUGUAAGGGUGGGUGAAAGAGGGGGACAAAUAAUGUUUAUUGAGGAAGCAGGUAAAGCAUGAUGUCACCCAAGCCACAUUUUGUGCACCCUUUAAAAUUAGUGUUGAUCACCAAUUUUAAAAGAACACUGAGUAGCUUUAAUAACAAAAAGAUUAAAAGCUAGGGCAACAAGUCUGAAGGCAAAUGUUACCCCCAAUUUUCACCGCAUCCGGAACAGCUCUGAUCCAGAACGGCGGCGAUUUUCGCUGUCUGCCAAGUUCUACCGGAUCUGUUGAUGAGGUGAAUCUCGUGGUGGAUUACGGACAGUGUUAAUCACUAGAACUCACAAGAACCCGCAGAUUCACGUGCAAUCGCGCAAUAACGAGUUGUCUCUAUAAAGACAGCCACAUAUAAGCAAUAGAUUGUGUCCUUCCAAAAGAGGAAAUCCACCUCGAGACUUCUAAAAUCAACAUCUCCUUAUCCAUGGUGUCAUUGGGGUGAAAUGCUGUCUAAAAACCUUUCACUUGUUCGCAGCGAAACGGACAGAAGCCAGUGGAAAUUGACUCAUUAACUUGAAUGGUUAUGAUCAGCUACGACAGGUAGAUACGGCCUUUUCAUAGCCGUUUCGGAUGCUGUGGAAAUUGGGGGUUAGAGGUCGACAAAUGAAGCUUGUUCUUAGCAUAGAAAGAUGAGAACGUGAACGUGGAAAAAAUUAGCAUAUUUCACCUAACUUUACCCUUCCUACUUGUUUUAACCUUGAAUGAAGCCCAUAAUUAUGAAUACAUUUUAAAUAUGUAUGCUCACGCUAAUAACGAACAAUAAUGGAGGUAUGCACUGCAGUAUUGAUUAUGCACUAGUUCUUUGUUUCCAAGUGGAAUCAAAAUGCUGAAGAUCUUGACCAAAGUUGAGUGUAGUGUGCUCUGCAGUAGACUAAAUCAAACGAAAGAGUAUUACUUCGCAAUAUAAAAACAGGAUUCACGUUGAAGUUAAAAUACGCUCUCAGCUUGAAAAAACACCUAACAGGAUGUUUAAAGCCUUGUUGAUGGACACACAAGAAGGAUCAGAUGUUAUAGCGCUGCCUGCAACAAAAGACCACACGUGUCACGUCAGGUUGGGACAAGGACGGCAUAGAACAAGGAUAAAGUAACCGAGACUGAAGCACAUUACCUGUGCUCUCCUCUCCACCCACCUGUCACCGAUACCUAAUCUUGAUUAUACAACCGUAACCUACACCAGCAUAGGAUCCAAAGGGAGCACUGUAGGCACAAGCUUGAACUUGAGCCCUACAUUAUUCUCUGAGCCGGAAACAAUGACAGAAACUGAAACAAUUUUUGAUUUUAUUGAUAUGGUUAUAGACUGACACUCUUUUUACCAGUAAUAUGGAGACUCCCAGUUACAUUUGCGUGUAUUAAAACCUUUUAAACUUUGAGAAGAUCUCUAGUUAGUCUGAUAAUGUAUUUGUGUAGGAAUGUACUCCCAUAUACUACAAUGAUAUGGGUGAGUUAUGUAGUAUCCGCAUUUUUGGACUCUUUGCAUUAUCAACUCAACAUGUAACCUCAUUUUGCCUCAGUGAAUCAUGACAGGCACUGAAAACCACUUUUGAAAAUAUCAAUAAGGACACUUCCUUUCAUAGACAUGGUUUACAGAGACAUUCAUGUUCUUUCUGCAUUCAGGAAAUUAUCAAACAGGAAUUAUUUUUCCUUUUUGUGUGUUUUUUUUGUGAUCCAACAGUUGUCUUGAUACUACUUGGGCAUAAACACAAUUUUUUUUUGUCUAUUUAAAAUAUGUACCAAUGUGUGUAUAAUGGACUUCAUUAGUAAAUAUAGGCAAUAGAUAACAUGAAUGAGUGUAGCUACAUUUUCUUUUAUCCUUAAUGUUUGAAACUAUACAUCCAUAUCCACAUAUUGUACAUCUUGUUCAUGUCAUUACAGUCGACACAAUAUGUCUGGUGCUGAUUAGAGGCUGUAAAACAGAUGAGUAAUAUGAGUUUUAUUAGUCAUGAAAGCCUUACUUAAAAAACAUUACACUGUAAAAGUGCUGGAACUUUCCUUUGCCAGUGUUUUAAUUUCUCAGGGACAUAAGAAAAAAAAUGUUAAUAGACUAUCAUAACAUCUAUUUAUCUACCAAGUAUAUAAAUGCUACUAUAAAGAUAUAUAUAUAUCAAUUUUAUGACUGAACAGAACAGGUGUUCAUGAGAUGUAAAAUUACAGCUUGAGUUUGAUCCUGAAAUUCUUUAAGAACAAAAUGUAACUGAUCUCUGUGAGCUUACCCAUUAUUUUAUUAUUCUGAAGAGAUUUAAAUUUGUUUGUGUGUGUGUGUGUGUGUAUCUGUAAAACUUCUAUGGACUUUGUGCAAUAACCAAUAAUAAUGUAUACUCAAGAUGACAUAAAAGAGAUUUCAGAUUCAGUUGAAAAUAAAACUUGACAUUGAGAUUUUCAGGGAUGAGAGUUGAAGACAAGAUCACCAAACUAGUGUUUUUAAUAUAACUUUGAAAUGGUGUUAUAGUACACAACAACCAAAUAAAAUAAUGUGUUGUUGCUCUAUUGUUUCUCUCUUUUUGAGGUUCCAUGUAUUGUAUUGUGUUGUAUAGAGGGUGUGAGUUUAUUUAAUCACUAUCCAAUUAUGUGUGUAAUGCAUCAGUGCAAAAGGAAUAUAAAGCCAUUACCUGAUUCAUCUGUUUCUUUAAUGACUUUUACCUCUGUGCCUUUUAACAACUACAGUAAAAGUUGAUUUUAGAGGUAGUUUUACAAAAAUGACAUGUUUUAUCUAGAUAUCAUAACUCCUCCAUUCCCUAUUGGCAAAUCAAUGCAAUAAUCAGAAACCAUUACCAACUAGGCUUAAAAUUUGUAUCCUGUUUCCUGCACUUUGCAAGCAUAAGUAACAUCCUAGACAUCAGAAAAUGCAUAACCUAAAUUUCAGACUUUGUUAAUUAUAAAUUAAACUAUUUUAAAAGCUAUGAAAACCUUUA